AUGUGGUGCCCUCAUCCGCUCCCCACCGCAACUUGCAUGAACACAACCGCACCUCAGAACUCCUCUGUAACCUCUACCUGUGCUCAUUCCUCGGAAGUACUGCACGGCUGCCGCCUCAUGGCGGCAUCCACAGCGUCGUCUAGCCCCUUGACGGCCUUCCUCCAUCGGCACGACGCACGCAGCCGACGCCGCGCAAGGUUCGUCGUCGCGGCGAGCACGGCGGACGCCGAGCCGUCCCCAGAGGCUACAGCGGCGUCGUCCUCGUCAACGGCAGGGCCAGGGAAGAAGAAGACGGUGGACACAAGGAUCCACUGGUCUGACCCAGACGAAGGGUGGGUGGGAGGAAAGGCGAACAAGGAAGGCGACGGCCGCAAGGACGAGCCGAUGGGGCGACGAUUCGCCGACCUCAUCAACAACCCGUCCGAGUCACACUACCAGUUCCUAGGAAUAUCGCCUGGUGCAGACAUAGAGGAGAUCAAGGCGGCGUACCGGCGGCUGUCCAAGGAGUACCACCCGGACACGACGAGGCUGCCGCUCAAGUCGGCCUCGGAGAAGUUCAUCCGGCUCCGGGAGGUGUACAAGGUGCUGAGCAAGGAGGAGAGCCGCCGCUUCUACGACUGGACGCUGGCGCAGGAGGCCGAGAGCCGCCGGCUGCAGCAGCUCAGGUCACGCCUCGAGGACCCCUACGAGCUCGACCUCCAGAACUACGAGCCCGUGCCCGACACGGUGGAUCGCCUUGGCGGGAAGAACAUGGAGCUCAGCGACCAGGCCAUGACCGCCCUCACGUUCGACAUCGGCAUCAUCAUCUUCAGCAUCUGCUGCAUCAUCUACGCCCUCUUCUUCAAGGAGCAAUACUGA